CCCGGAGCGGCCGUUGCAGUUUGAAAUCCUGAGGCGCCUUCGGGGCGGGCGCUGCUCGGCGGAGCUCGAACGCCUGCCGGGGCUCCAGCAUGUCCUCACCCGAUAGCCCUGCUGGCUUGCACCCGGGUGCCGUCGGCAGUUCUAGAAUGAGUCUGCAGAUUUUAAAUGCAGAAAAUGGAGAAAAUGGAGGAAACGUCCACGAUGAUCUAACAGCAGAAGACUGUAGCUUUUUCUUUGCUCCGCCGGAACCUACAGGGAGACUUUCGAUUCUACGCCCGUCUCAGAAGGAAAACUUGCCACCAAAAAGUGUGGCAAAAACUAUGAAGGUGACCUUUCAGACACCUCUGAGAGAUCCUCAGACUCGAAAAAUCUUAAGCCCUGUUAUGACGAAAAACCUUGAGGCUUUCACACUUGAUGAUUGCUGUGAAGACUUGGUGGAUGAUCUUUCAUCUGCACCUGUCACUAUUGACACAUGUCAAGAAAAGACUGAAGUUGAAGCAAAUAAUAUAGUGAUAAAUACACAAAUGCCAGAGAAGGUCAGUACUGCUGCUUACCCAGAUGAUGAGAUGCCAGUGAAGAGUCGAGGUUCCUACAAUCUUGACUUUGAUAACCUAGAUGACAUCAAUCCUUUUCAAAGUUCAGUGCAGUUGCAGCAUUCUUCUGGAAAUCUACAGAAGUCUCCUGUAAAAGUAUCUAGCAGCCCUGAGAAAACUUCUGAAGAAAGCUGUGAUUCUCUUCCGCUGGAUAAGGCUUCUUUUGCUUCAACCACAGCAAGUACAGAGUGCCCCAGUGAAGAGGAGACAACGCUAAUCUCUGGAAGAGAAUCUGUAUCGAGAGAGCUGGAAUCUAACAAAUCCAAGCUGUCUCCCAAGCAAGCAAUUGAUGAGUCUGUGCAGGAAGUGAAGUCUGUCUCUGCGGAUGCGAGCCAAACUGAUAGUUCAGCAGGAUUAGCAGAAGGACCUACAUCUCCUGUACUUGUCAGCUUGGGUCCCAGUAGCUCUGAGGUAACUAAUCCUUCUAAAACUGGGCAAACGAAGCUUCAGAAUGUUUCAGUACCAGGAAAAGCCUCUGCAGAAAACUCAAAGCCUGCAGAAGAGCUGGCUGUCUCCAAAGGGGAACCUGCAGAAAAGCCUGGUGUUGCCAAGGCCGGAGCAGUAAAACUUGAGUUUGACUUUGAUAAUACCACUGCCAGAAAGCCACCUCCUAAGAAACUAGGUAGAAAACCUGGAAUUAAGCCACCUUCUAAAAGAAUUCCUAUUACCAAAACAAAACCAGAGAAUACUGAAGUGCAAAAUAAAAGUAACGUGGAAGAUGAAAUCCCUCUUCCCAAAGCUUCUUAUAAGUUUGACUGGGACAAACUUGAUGAUCCGAACUUUAAUCCAUUUGGAGGAGGCUCUAAGAUUUCCAGCUCACCUAAGUGUUCUGAUGCUAGCCCUCAGGAAGUUCACCUGCAAGAAGAGCAGGAUAGUACAUUGUCAAGAAGGGAGCCUCUUCCGGUGGAACAGGAUAACGUACCAAGUACCUCUGAAACUCUUGAGAAAAGAGAACCCAAAAGUCCGGAAAUCAGCAAACAGAGUGUGGUUGAAGACAAACCAAGAACUCCAGACAAGCCAGGAGUUCAAGCAGAAGCUGAACUUCCAAGAGAGAAAGCCAUGGAGAAGCAAAUAAGCCCAUCUAAAAUGUCUCCAGCUAAUGUCCCCUUUCAAGAUAAUUUGGUUUCCGUUGAUGAUGGAAAAAAGUCCACAUCCCCAGAAGAAAUUCAACCUAGUUCCCACAGAACUGGAAUAACAGCAGAUGAGCAGGCGGCUAACACUGAACCUGAAGAGUUCUUCAGACCGUCAUCAGAAGUUCUAGGAAUGGACAUGGAAAUAGACUAUUUGGAACAGUUUGGGACUUCAUCAUUCAAAGAGUCUGCCUUGAGGAAGCAGUCGCUGUAUUUGAAGUUUGACCCUCUGUUGAGAGAUAGUCCAAGAAAACAGAUUUCUAGUACUAAUGAAACAAGCAUGAAUAUCACGACGGCUCCACCUCAUCAUGGUCCUGUUGCUGAUUUAAAUAAAUUGCUUCAGGAAGCUGAAAAGCCUGCAGAGAAUCUUCAAAAUGAAGAAAAACCCAAAGGACUAGAUCUUCUGGGAACAUUGACAGUUUCUGACACACAUGCCCUAAUUCCAGACUCCCUGACUAGUGAUGUUCAUCCACUUCCUUUUUCUGCUUCCACAAACACUGGAAUGGAUGCUAUUAUAGAUGUUCUAAAAUAUAGCCAAAAAGACAUGGAUGCAGCUGUUGAACUUGUUAAGAGAGAGGUUCAAGAAAAACAAUUGGAGAUUGAGGAAUGGAAAAGGAAAUGUGAUGAGCUUCAUAUGGGAUACAAGGAAAUGGGAAAAAUAGUUGCGGAGUAUGAAUGUACAAUAACACAAUUGAUGGAGGAUGCUCAGAAGCAGAAGGAAUUCUCAAAGAAGGAAAUGCAGAGGAUGGCAGAAGAGAAGCAACAAGUUAUUUCAGAUCUGAGCUCUAUGGAGGUGUCUUUCUCAGAACUCUUCAAACGAUUUGAAAAACAGAAAGAAGUGCUGGAGGGUUACCGCAAAAACGAAGAAGCUCUGAAAAAAUGUGCUGAAGAAUACCUCGCUAGAAUUAAAAAAGAGGAGCAGAGAUACCAGGCACUGAAAGCACAUGCUGAAGAAAAGCUGCAUCAAGCAAACGAAGGAAUUGCCCAGGUAAGAAGCAAAGCUGCAUCAGAGACUGCAGCACUACAAGCCAGUCUCCGCAAAGAACAAAUGAGAAUCCAGUCUUUAGAAAGGAGCCUUGAACAAAAGACUAAAGAAAAUGAAGAGCUGACAAAAAUCUGUGAUGACUUGAUCUUGAAGAUGGAAAAAAUUUGAUAGCUUCACUGUCUUGUAAAUAUGUCUGCUCUCUGACUUCCUGUCUUGUGUUCACUCACUGUUUUAAUUGUGUAUGUGGGGGGGGAAAUAAAACUUGAUUUACUUGUCUUGUCUACUAUUGGCUGUAUCUUUUUGAAGAAGUGUUAAUAAACUUAAGUUCAGUU